GCGGGCACACAACAGAAAUCCUGAGGCUACUGAGCUGUUUGUCAGAGUCAUACUCUCCUAGACACUAUGUUUUUGCAGACUCAGAUACGAUGAGUGAAGCUAAAAUACAUUCUUUUGAACAAAAAAGGGCUGAAACAUUCUCCAAUUCCCAGUUCACCCUUGAUCGCAUUCCCCGGAGCCGUGAGGUUAGACAGUCGUGGGCCUCCUCUGUGCUGACAACGCUGUACUCCACGCUUUACUCCCUCCUUUUGACCUACAGGCGGAAACCAGAUUUGAUAUUGUGCAAUGGACCAGGAACAUGUGUUCCUGUCUGUAUAUCUGCUCUUCUCCUUGGGCUUCUAGGAAUAAAGAGAGCAAUCAUUGUGUAUGUAGAGAGCAUCUGCCGCGUGGAAACUUUAUCCCUCUCUGGAAAGAUUCUUUACUACUUGUCAGAUUAUUUCAUUGUUCAGUGGCCUAAUCUAAAGGAAAAGUACCCAAAGGCAGUGUAUCUUGGUCAAAUAGUGUAACCACGGAAGACACGCUUUACCUAAACCAAACUCUGCAAGCUCCUCACUGAAGAAGUGCAUCCCUCUAGUAAUUCAUCCUCAAGGAUUCCUGUUAAGAAAUUAGGCUGGUCCUGGAGGAGGAGACAAUAAUAAAGAUAUCUCUACAUU